AUGUCAAUCAAGACCUUGCGUCUUGAAAGAGAAUAUGAGAAGACUAUCGCAGAUUCUGCACGUCUUCUCGAUGCAGAACGCGACCGUGUGAGGCGGAUGGAGUAUUUGCUGCUCCAGAUCGACCGCGAUGCUCUCCGAGCCACGCUUGAACAAGCACAUGAGCAGGUCGCAUUCCUGAAAGAGUCUGAGUCUGAGACGCGUCAUUAUUUGGAAGAGGCAAUUUCUGUAGUCGACAGCUUAAGCCAGGUUGUCAACACCGCAAAAAGCGAGAAUCAGAAGCUCAAGGAACUCUCGGCACUGAACACUACCUCGACAAACAAUAGCGGCUUGCUUGCUGAGAAAGUGCAGCUCUCGCGGGAGUUAGCUCAUGCCAAAUCCAAGCUCGAGAGGCUGGAGACGCAAGAUACCGCUCAUCAAGCGGUAGUAUCUGAGAAGCAGGCGCUGGAGCGACAUCUCAACAUGCUCGAGCUUCAUCUCGAGAAUGAAAAGCACUCACACGAGCGCACUCGGGUCAAAGGUGCGGAACAGGCAUCUCAAAUGACCAAGCUACUGUCGAUGGUGGACGAGCUCCAGAACGAGCUCGCGCGAGAACAAAGAGCGAAUCAACAGCGGGAAAGGAAGGACCAGCAGCAAAACGGUGGAUGGGAGAAAGAGCGGUCCGUCAUGGAGGCGAAGAUUGAGACACUCAAAAAGCAACUUCGAUCGGCCAAAGACAAGCUUCAAGAGGCGCGAAACGAUCUGCAACAGCGCCGCAGCAUCGUUCGCAAUGCGGAAUCAGACAAUGCUGGACCAGAACCGCAGAAAAUCCCUCUGCAGAAUGGAGGCCCAAGCUCGGACUUCCAUGAGGCUGGGAUAGUCAUUGCGACGCCUGGGGCAGUUCGCGUGGAAGACAAAACAAAGAAACCGUCGGCAUUGCCGGGCGACAAGUCGUCGUUCUCCAUGACUCCGUUCUUGAAUCGUACUGGGUCUACUCCGAGCGAGGCUCCCAUUAGCUCCGAUAUUGAUGAAGAGGAAGUUCGGCAAGUACUGGACGAUUCCGCGUACCCUGGGAGUAAACCGGGUGUCGCACGCAAGUCAGAAGACGGGCAGGCUUCGGUAGACGAACAGCCAGAGUUCAUCAAACCAGCAGGCAAGCCGAAAGCUACGACGGCAAAGGCAAAGGCAAAGGCAAAGGGGCGUGGAGCGAAACCCACCGCUGCAAAUGCCGACCGCGACAAGAAUCCAGAGCCCAAUCGUGCUGUGAGUAAAGGUGCAGGUGAGACAUUGGAAGACUCCUUAAACGACGGCUCCGUCGAACAGGGCCAAACGAAGGUCAAGAGGAGAAAGCUUGCCCAGCGAGACCGCAGUCUCUUCGAAGAUGACGAAGAGGAUGAAGAGUUGCUUGGCAAGCCGAGGAAACCGUUACUGGGAGGUGGCCGACAAUCAGUGCUUGCAGCGCCUCUCUCAGUUGGGCUCUCUCGAGGUGGAGGUUUUGGAGCCUCAAGGGCCUUUUCUCCUUUGAAAAGAGACCGUACGCGAUGA